AUGUCACAACCAGCAACGCAUGCAGAUGCUGCAUCAUCAUCACAAACAGAAAAUACCCCUACUCAUGAAAUACAAGAAAAGUACGAAAACCAAGAAGAACUACCAGAGGAUCUUGAAAAGGAUGAACAACACAGUAACCAUGAGCUAGCCAAGAAGCCAAUGAGCGCUUAUAUUGGAGUAUGCUUUAUGUGUGUACUUAUAGCUUUUGGUGGAUUUGUUUUUGGUUUCGAUACUGGUACCAUUUCUGGGUUUGUUAACAUGACUGAUUUUAAAAGAAGAUUUGGUCAACAAAGAUCGGAUGGAACGCACUACUUUUCCAAUGUUAGAACUGGUUUGAUUAUUGCUAUGUUUAACGCCGGAUGUGCUGUAGGAGCAAUUUUCCUUUCAAAAGCUGCUGAUCUAUGGGGAAGAAGAUUGGCUAUUAUGAUGGCUAUGGUUAUUUACAUUGUUGGUAUCAUUGUGCAAAUUUCGUCUACAGAUAAAUGGUACCAAAUAAUGAUUGGAAGAAUCUUUACUGGUCUCGCUGUUGGAACUUUAUCAGUUGUUUGUCCAUUGUUUAUCUCGGAAACUUCACCUAAACAUUUGAGAGGUACAUUGGUUUGUUGUUUCCAAUUGAUGAUCACUAUGGGUAUCUUUUUGGGUUACUGUACUACCUAUGGUACCAAGCAAAGUUACUCUGACUCGAGACAAUGGAGAAUCCCAUUGGGUUUGUGUUUUGCAUGGGCUUUGUUUUUAGCUGGUGGUAUGAUUGAUAUGCCCGAAUCACCAAGAUACCUCAUUGGUAAAGACAAGAUUGAAAAGGCCAAGGCAUCACUUGCAAAGACAAACAAAGUUUCUGAAGAAGAUCCAGCAUUGUUAAAGGAAGCCAGAUUAAUUCAAGCUGGUGUAGAAAGAGAAAGAUUAGCAGGAAAAGCAGGUUGGAUGACUUUGAUCACUGGUAAGCCAAGAAUUUUUGAAAGAGUUGUUGUGGGUGCUCUCUGUCAAGCUUUGCAACAAUUGACUGGUAACAAUUACUUUUUCUACUACAGUACCACCAUUUUCCAAGCCAUUGGUUUAGACGAUUCAUUUCAAACUUCCAUCAUUAUUGGUGUUAUCAACUUUGCCUCCACUUUCUUGGGUAUCUACUUGAUUGAGAAAUUAGGUAGAAGACAAUGUUUGUUGGUUGGUUCAGUUGGUAUGUCAAUUUGUUUUUUGAUCUACUCAUUGAUCGGUACCCAAAGUCUUUACAUUGAUGGUCCUGAUGGUCCAACUAGACAACCAUCAGGAAGAGCAUUGAUUUUCAUUACAUGUCUUUUCGUUUUCAUUUUUGCUUCGACAUGGGCUGGUGGUGUCUACUCUAUUGUCUCAGAGUUAUAUCCAUUGAAGGUGAGAUCAAAGGCUAUUGGUGUUGCUAGUGCUGCAAAUUGGAUUUUUGGUUUCUUGAUUUCAUUCUUUACUUCGUUCAUUACUCAAGCAAUUCAUUUCUACUAUGGAUUUGUCUUUUUUGGAUGUUUGUUGUUCUCAAUCUUUUUCGUUUACUUUAUGGUUUACGAAACAAAGGGACUUAGUUUGGAAGAUGUUGAUGAAUUGUAUCAAAGUGGCAUACCUGCUUGGAAAUCUUCUAAAUGGACUCCACCUUCAGAAGAAGAGAUGGCCACUUCAACCGGUUACGCUGCUUACUCCAAACCACAAAAUGAACAUGUCAAUGAUGACGAGCUUGUACAAAGCAAUAGCAAUUAA